AUGAAUGGAGAAGAGAUAAAAUGCCCAUGUUCUAGGACAAAAUGUAGAAAUACGAAUUUUCGAGAUGUCGAAGCUGUGAAACUACAUGUCUUGCAGUCUGGGUUUGUUCCAGAUUACUAUGUCUGGAUUCACCACGGUGAGGUGAAUGUCCCUCCUGUUGUUCAGCAGCCGGUUAAUGAAUACGAUUACUAUAAUGAGGGAGGGGGAGAUUUAAACUCCGGUCAGAGAAUGGGGUCGAUAUCUUUAAUUGACGACACCUGCCGUUUAUUACAAGAACUGCUUCCAGAGAACAACAAAAUGCCGAAUUUUUUUGCUAAUAUCAAGAAGCUGGUGAAAGGUCUCGGGUUGCCGGUUGAGGUUAUUGAGUGCUGUUUCCACAACUAUAUGAUUUACUGGGGGGCGGACGAGGAUUUAACCCACUGCAAAGUUUGCACAUUUCCUCGGUGGAAACCUGUUACGAAAAGCAAUUCGGCCAAAAGAAGGGCUAACGUUCCUUAUAAAAAAAUGUUUUAUUUCCCUUUAACUCUGAGGCUGCAAAGGUUGUACGCUUCCAAAGCCACGGCUAAACAUAUGACAUGGCACGCUGAUCAUGAAAUGGAAGACGAGAAGAUGUGUCAUCCUUCUGACUCUCCGGCGUGGAAACGGUUCAGUGAGUUGCAUACAGAUUUUGCCGAUGAAACAAGAAAUAUCAGACUAGGCUUAUUCAUUGUGACGCCGUAUAAUCUGCCUCCAGGCAUGUGCAUGAAGGAUGAGUUUAUGUUUUUGACAAUACUUGUCCCGGGACCUGGAAAUCCAAAAGACCAGAUGGAUAUAUCCCUGCAGCCGUUAAUAGCGGAGUUGAAUCAAUUGUGGGAAUCUGGAAUUCGGACCACAUCAGGAAGACUGGCAUGUCCGCAUUGUAUGGAAAAUACCGAGGCAUUCACGUUGCCCGAUAGUGGUAAACAGUCCUGGUUUGAUUGCCACAGAAAAUUUUUACCUACGGGCCAUCAUUUCCGUCGGAAUGUUACUGAUUUUCGAAAAGGCAAACAAGUAAAGCACAAAUUUGGAGGUGUGAGGACUGGAGAUGAAGUAUUAGCAGAGGUUGACGGUCUGGGGUUUAAGAGGGCUUAUGAGACAGAUGCUAAGGCUACGAAUGCUGAUCUAUCUAAAGGCCGUUGUUGGAAUCGAAAGAGUAUCUUUUGGGAUUUACCGUAUUGGAAGACAAAUGUAAUCCGGCAUAAUCUCGAUGUCAUGCAUAUUGAGAAAAAUGUAUUUGACAACGUUUUUAAUACCGUACUCAAUGUACCUGGUAAGACGAAAGACACGGCAAAAUCUAGGGCAGAGCUGAAUAAGAUUUGUGAUCGUCCCGGCCUAGCACAAGAUCAGGAAACCGGUAGAUAUCCAAAGGCUUUGUAUGCUUUGGACAGGGAUUUAAAAAAGAUUUUGCUCGAAUGGAUUCAAAAGUUAAAGUUUCCGGACGGUUACGUGUCCAACUUGUCAAGGUGUGUUGAUUUAAACAGUUUGAAGAUGAUGGGCAUGAAAAGUCGUGACUGUCAUGUCUUCAUGCAACGACUUUUGCCAAUUGCUCUUCGGGAGCUUCUUCCGCCCGAAGUGUGGGAGCCUUUAACAGAGCUAAGUAUCUUCUUCAGAGAAUUAACUGCCACAUCGCUGAAAAAGGCAGAUCUUGAGAGAUUGUAUCUUGAUAUCCCGAAGAUACUGUGCAAAUACCUGAGAAAACUCAAAAAUAAGGUCUCGAAUAAAGGCAGAGUGGAAGGAAGCAUCAGCAGCGGAUAUUUAUUAGAGGAAACAGCGAAAUUUGCAUCUUUCUAUUUCAAGGAUGGUGAUCCGAUGCUACCAUGUCGGAUGCAAAGAAAUGAAGUUUGCGAAAUGGACGUUGAUGAUGAUGUCGACAGAUUAUCCAUUUUCAAACCGAAAGGGCGACCUAUAGGUGCUUCUCGGAACAGAUAUCUGGAUGAUGCUGAAUAUAAUGCUGCCCGAAGCUAUAUCCUUCUGAAUUGCACUGAAAUCGAACCUUUCAGAGAAGUUUUUGAAGGCGAGUUGUAUGAAAUCAACCCCGAAAUGACACAGACCGAAGUUGUAGUCAAGUUGGAGAGUGAAUUCUCCUUUUGGUUCGAGCAAUAUGUGAAAGACCAAACUGUCUGUACCAAUCCCUAUAUUCUAAGUCUUGCAGAAGGACCGCUUAGAUCGGUCAAAACAUUCAAGGGGUAUUGUGUGAACGGGUUUAAAUUCAAUACUGAAGAAUAUGGGGAGGAUCGGGUUACAAUGAAUAGCGGAGUUUGUGUAAAAGGAUCACUCUACGGCCCGGCUGAAAGCGACUUUUAUGGAGUGUUGACUGACAUUAUCGAGUUAGAGUAUCCGGCUCUACCGAUAAAAAGGACGGUCUUAUUUAAAUGUAAUUGGUUUGAUCCUACGAAAAAAGUUGGUAUGUUAGCCCAUCCUCGGUAUAACAUAGUGGAUGUUAAUCACAGAAAGAGGUACAACAAAUAUGAACCCUUCAUUUUAGCUGAACAGUCCGAUCAAGUACAUUACUUACCUUAUCCUAGCAAAAGGCGAGACAAAAAAGACUGGUGGGCAGUAUGCAAGAUAAAAGCUCGCUCUGAGAUAGACAUGCCUGAAACAACUGUUCCAGCUUUCCAAGAUGAUAGUGCAGAUCAUCUGCUCGAUGUCAUAACAAAUGAAGAACCGACAAAUUUAGUUGAUCCGAAUGGCGAGGCGGACGAGGCUGCAUUACACAACCCUCCAUUAGUAGAGACGGAAGAUGAUUAUCCACCAUCUUCAUCAGACGAUGAAGACAUUGGAGCGGCAGAUAAUAUAGAAAUUGCAUGA